AUGGCAUUCCUGUUCAGCAGAGGCCGGCGGGGCUCCUUCAAGCAUAUAGCUCAUGGCCUGGUCCCUGCUGCUACCAUAGCUCCUAAACCUGCAGUUCCCCGCACCCCUCCCCCUCGUAGUCCAAACCCUUCUCCAGAAAGGCCCAGGUCUGCUCUUGCAGCAGUGGUCCUUACAGCAGCACUGACGGGCCGCACUGUUGCUAUUCCUCAGCCCCGGCAGCGAUCGCUUUCUGACAGUGAUUGCACCUACUUGGAACAAGAAUGUUUUGAAACAUAUGCAGCAGUCACAGAGCUCAGGACAGGAUCUAACUCGAAACUUGAUGGUUGUGACAGAUCCCCUCUACAGUCCCUGCAAAUAUCGGGCAAUUUUGGUGAAGAUGUGGGCAUGGAUACAUAUCUCUCUGAUGCUGAUGAAGAGGCAGAGUCCAGCUGCCACAGUAAUGAAAGGGAAAGGGAAGGAAGCUUUAGCACCAAUGCUAUUUAUGCUGUUCCCUGCAAAACUAAAAAGGAGGAGUUUCCACCAUCUCCUGUUCUUAAUACUGAAAAGAAAGAGGUUUCUUCCCAUGAAACAGAGGGUCAGGUGGUGGUGGAUAAGUCAAGUGUGCAAAUAGAAGAAGACCAAAAUCUGGGCUUGAAUUUAAAGGAGAAAAAAUUAAUAGCUGAAAACCUGAUACAUGACAAACCUCCACCAUCCCCAGAUGUGUCUGUUUGGACAAGGCAAGUAUGGGAAAAUAUAAGCAAAGAAAAGUUCAGAGAACUGAAACAAGAAAAUUGGUCUCUGAACAAGGCAUACCAAGCUGUGGUGCAACAAUUUGAGGGAACAAAACAGCAUAUAGAAGAACAGCAAUUAAAGCUGAAGAAACUGGAAAAAGAAAAUAGAAGACUUAAAGAAGCUGCAGAGAACUCACAUAGAGAAGAGGAGGCAACAGAAUUACUUUCUCUCCGAAAACAAGCACAAGAACUGGUAGAUGAAAAUGAUGCUUUGAAAAUUAUGGUCCAUCGUUUAAAUGUGGAAUUAAGUCGUUAUCAGACUAAAUUCAGGUCAUUGUCCCAAGAAGAGAAUGUAAAGCUGAAAAGCUUACCCAUGAAAGGACCACAACCACCAUGGCUGUUGGAUAUGAAGUAUUUGUCACCUCUUCUGUUGGCAUAUGAAGAUAGAUUAAGAGAAAAGGAAGAUUUUAUUCUUGAACAUGAGGAAGAUAUGAAGAAUUUUAAAGCACGAGUUGAAGAGUUGGUGAAGGAGAAUGAAGAUCUGCAUGAGCAAUUAAAUAACUUUAUUGCCCCUACAGAAUGGCAACUGAUGCAAACUCAGGCCAAGCUGGUCUUGGAAGAAAAUGGAUUGUUGAUGGAGCAACUCAAAAUUCAACAAGCUAAAGCAAAAGAUACUCACAGACAGCAUGUUCAAGAAGCUUCAAAGUUGACCAAACAAAUAGUAGUCUUAGAAGGUAAAAAACAGAGUCAAGAGGAAGCAAUAACAGAGUACCAGAAGCAGCUAGAAGCUUUGUGUUCUACAUGUGAAGAGCUGAAAGCCAAACUGGAUAGCAGCAUAACAGCAGAGGAGCACUUGGCUUUGGUGAAUGAAUUAAAGAGCUGUUUACAACAGGAGCAGGAGAAAAAGCGCUGUGAGGUGGAAGCUGCAAUGGGAAAGAUGGCAUCACUGCAAACUGAAAACAAGAAACUGCUCUUAGAGAAGAAUAACUGCAUGGCAGACAAGAAGAUGCUAGAAACUGAGAUGCAAAUGACUCAAAAGACAAACAGACGAUUAAAGAAGAAAAUAGGGCUUUUGCAACUCCAGCUGGAAGAAGCAAUGGAAAAAGAAGUUGUAGCCCAUCACUAUCUAACAAACCUUAUUGGGCUGGUGGAGAACAUAGCUAAGGAACGUGAUCAUCUUGUAUGUUUGGCCAGAUGUUUGGAAAAUGAGAAUCACAGCGUUUUCAAGAAAAUCAUAGAAGGCAGCCUACGCUUAGGAAGAUUGGAAGAAAAAGUUAAGGUAUAUAAAAUGAAAGCAGCUGGGAAGCUUGUAGAUAUCAAUCUCAAGAUGACUGAGCAGGAGAAAGAAUUUGAGAGGAAGACUGCUCAGUAUGAGCAAGAAAAGAAGCACCUGCAGCAUCUGCUGCAAGACAAACAGGAAACUCUCAAUGAAGUGCUGGGGCAAAACAGGAAAACAGAAGGAGAACUUCAAAUAAUGUGGGAAUCCACAGCCAAAGAAAACAGGAGAAUGAGAGAACUCUUACAUAAAUCCCUGAGGAAGAGCAACAUGUGGAGUGCUGUCACAGCUCAUGAUCCACACUCUCAGAAGGACCUAGUUUAUGGACAGGAUUUUAGCUAUUGUGAUGUGGAAACUUCAUCCCCUGUUAAAAGUGAAACUCGGCAAGAAUGUCAGUGAUAAGAGAAUCUGCAUCUCAUCCAAUAAAGAGAACCUGGUGCCUGAAUUUUACUUUUUCAGCAAAACAAGGUGUAAUGGAAUGUUUACUGUAUUCAAUAUUACUGUAUUUUUAAGGUCAUCAAAAUGACAACAACAUAUUCUCUGUUUGUACUGUGAAUAAUGCAAAUCUAGCCUAAAAUGUUACUUUGCUAGCAGAAGAAAAGACUAUUGCUUAAGACAAAAAGUGAUCCAGCUUUAAGUUAACAUGUAAAGACAAGUAAUUGGUUAACAGGAUAAGUAGCUGGUAAGAUUGGUGUUUAGCACAGACACCAUGCCACAAAACAAGUGAACAGGAAGAUAGUGCCUGUUAAAAUUAAAAGGACAAGUUUUGGUAAAUUCUCCCUAAAAUACCUGAUUGAGUAUAAUCCAAACUGAAACUGAAAUGUGGCUUGAACUUUUUCUCAUCAGGAAGCAUCUUGACUUCUAGAUCGUGUGCCAAAAAUCUUGUCAUCUCAAGAACAGGGAAGAAUUUGGCUGUGGAGCAGACAAGACUGAAACAUCCUCAUGAUGGUGCCUGAAUGCACAACUGUCCACUGGAGAUCUACAGGAUCCCUGUAGGUGUUGGGAAGCUCCUACCAUUGGUUUGCCAAGGGAACAAGCUGCCAGCACAGCAUGCAGCUCUCCUGCAGAUUGUUUUAUUCCUCCUGCUUCAGAUUCAGUGAUUUCAAAAGCCACCCGAAGUAUUCUCUGAAGCAGUGAUUAUUUUAUAUGCCUUUAGAUUCUUGACAUGUGUUUCAGCUUUCAGAUUUGUUGAUUUUUCACAAUACUGCACAUCAGCUUUGUAGUGAUAUGCAUUACUGUGAUGUGACUUUAUUUUGGAUUUACAUAUAACUUGCUGGAUCACCUUUUUGGCUUUGCUUAAUUGUCAUAAUGAAACAUAAAUGGUACCAGAAAAAUGUAGCAAUACAAAAUACACAUAUCUAUCAUACUUCUGUAGUAUUACAAAUAAUGAAGAAUUUAAUUGGCUUUUAUCAAAGUUUACAAAAAGAGCAGAAAACCAAGUUAAGAUACUAAAAGAGAUACAUAAUGUUUGUGUCUGGAAAGGUUCCUGCAGCAAUUUCCUUCAGGGUUAAGGCCAUGACCCAGCAGAACGGCUUUAUUCAGGAGAGGGUGGGGACAGCACAUGAUGUUCAGGGACAGGUAGAGAGAUGUACAGCUUUCAAAGCCAGGUUCUGCAGUACAGUGCAAAGUUUAAGAAUCUACAGCCUUUCAAAGCACUGGCAGAAUCUCAGUGUACUGAGAUACUAACUCUGAUUAUGGGAAACCAUGAAAGUAGCAAAGUCAUAUCUAUGCAAGUGAGAUUUUAACAUGUACUUUAAUUACUUUCCUUUAUAGCAAUAAAAUGAGUGCAACAACCAUACCAGGUCAUCAGAGUGAAACUUCAGCAUGCCAUAGUCUUUAAGACACUGAUUAACAGAACUGCUCUCUUAACAGCACUCUAUCUUUUGGUCUCUGCCCAGACACUUAACAAGAGCUACUCCUUUGAAUCCUUUCAUUGUCCUGGUUUUUUCAACUUGAUUAUUUUAGGACUCCAUGCCUCAACAUAACAACCAGAAACUAUUUUAAGCACAGUCUUAACGUCAUUAAUAUGUGAAAUUGUCAAGGGGGUGCUCUAUCACUAAACCAGUCCUGUCCCCUAUCUUCCUUGAAUUUGAAAAAAAAUCCCAGGUCUGAAAUAUCUCUUCAGGUGAAUUAGACAGGCAUUCACACUUCUCUUGUUCCCACACAAGCUCCAAUCUGCAGGUGUGCAGACUCUGGAAGAGUAUCAAACAUGGCCAUACCCAUAGCUUCUCAUGUUUUUAAAGGCAGGUUUGGAAAAUGAAGCCUUUUGUGUCAUAUUUUCUAAAGUAAGCCUCUCUGAAUAUGCAGAUACAAUCUCAGAACUGGUUUAAUAUUUGCAAUAUUAUCCUCAUGGUUUUGUUUGCCGUUUUGAGUAUGUUUUAAGAGUUUGUCAAAAUAAAAAGCUUCACAAGGAAAAGCUAUUGUAUUGGUAGUGUCCUUAGAAGCAAGAUUUUCAAAAUUCUCAAUAUUGGCCUAACUGUUGUUCCACUGAAGUGACUUGGGGGAAUGUCUUAGAACUGUACUUUUGCCACACCUGCUGCCCAUUUUCACAGCUCUUGUUUUAGAGUAGGUUUUAAU